AUGCCGACGCCCGCGACCGCGACCGCGGCCGCGGCGGCGCUGCUGCUGAUCCUCGCGGCGGCGGGCGGCGCGGCGGCCAAGACGACGAUCGAGCCGUGCGCGAGCGCCGACUCCUGCACGGCGCUGCUCGGCUACACGCUCUUCGCCGACAUGAAGGCCUCCGAGGUGGCGUCCCUCUUCCGCGCGGACCCGGCCGCGCUGCUGGCCGCCAACGCGCUCGACUUCGCCUCCCCGGGCGCCGCCAACCGGAUCCUCCCCAAGGGGCUGUCCCUCCGCGUCCCCACCCGCUGCGCCUGCAACGACGGCGUCCGCAGGUCCGUCUCCGUGCGCUACGCCGCGCGCCCCGCCGACACGCUCGCCACCGUCGCCGACGUCGUCUUCGCGGGGCUCGCCUCCGCCGACCAGAUCCGCAGCGCCAACGGCCUCGCGCAGGAGGACCCCGACGCGCUGCUCGACGCCGGGCAGGUGCUCGUCGUCCCAUUCCCCUGCGUCUGCUUCAACUCCACCGACAACAACCUCCCCGCCGUAUACCUCUCCUACGUCGUAAGGGUCGGGGACACCGUCCAGUCCAUCGCCGCCGGACACGACACCACCGUCACGGAUCUCAGCAAUGUCAAUGCCAUGGGAAGCCCCAUUGUGGCACCGGGCGACAUUCUUGCAAUCCCACUGCCAGCUUGUGCAUCAAGAUUUCCUAAUUUUGCUUCGGACUAUGGAUUGCUUGUGGCAAAUGGGACCUAUGCACUAACGGCUGGUAACUGUGUGGAGUGCAGUUGUGGGCCAGGGAGUCUCGAUCUGUACUGCACACCAGCUUCAUUAGCAGCGACUUGUUCAAGUAUGCAGUGCUCCAAUAGCAGCCUAAUGCUUGGUAAUGUGACUGCCCAAACCACCAGCGGUGGCUGCAGCGUCUCAUCUUGCAGCUAUGGUGGCUUAGUUAACGGAAGCAUUGCGACAUCGCUAUCCUCUGGUCUUCAACCUACAUGCCCUGGACCGCAUCAAUUUCCUCCACUGAUGGAGCCGUCAACUGCAGCAAGCCAUGGCUCGUUUCUUGCUCCAUCCCCUGCACCAGGACCUGGGGAGGCAGGCAGUGCUGUUCCUGGCUCAUCAGAACCCGGGGGGUCUACCAAUUCUGCUGGAAGCCUCUCCCAGGGGCCUUCGGUGCAUCAACUGACGAUCCUCAUUCUUUCUCUAGUCUUGUACUUGCAUAUGUGAAGUUCAUUGUAGAAUAUUGAUGGAUGUAUUUGUAUCGAAUGGGGGCCCUCAUUUGGGCCCAGUGGUGGGACCUUUAUGAAUGUGAAGGUUUUCAGAGUU